GUGACACUAGGGGGAUGAGAGGAUCGGUGAUCAGGCUCGCGGUUGGAUUUAAGUCCCGCAGCAAGCGACUGGUUCUUAGACUGGACCGGGUUAACUGAUGGCGAUGAUCGGGGCCAAUCUAAGAUUCGGCAUCGGCGCGUCGGGAAACGGGUCGUCGAACGCGACCAAGGUGUUCCAGUGUCAUCCAGGUGGUGCAACCGAGGCCACUCUCAUCUUCAGCCUCGGCGCUCUCGGCAUGGGCGCCAACUUCCUGCUGAUGGCGCUGAUCCUAGCCAAACGCCAGUUGCGCAGAUGGUCACAGGGGUUGCUGUUCCACCAAGCGAUGGUGGAUUGCGCUCGAGCUGCGAUUUUAUUGCCCCUCGGAUCGAGCAUACUCAACUGUCAGCCGAUGACCAAGUGUUCCCUGGUGGAGACAGCGUUUCUGCUGCUGGUGACAGUCUCCACGGUGAAUAUGUUGACGACAGUGCUGAACGACAGUCCGAUUUUCCCGGAAACCGACGAGGAGGCAGACCUAGCGGCUCCUUUGCUCAUGGAUUCGCCUCAGUGCGUGUUAUUCGGCACGUUCAUGAUAUGGUUCGCGAGCAUCACCAUCAACCUGGGUCCGACAUUUUUAAGCGGAGCGCUAGCAGCGAACACGGAAUCGGGCCACAAUGCACCGAGCUGCCCUCUGGUACAUGGCCCAUUCCGCCAUUACAUCCUAAACGUUCUCUGGAUCGCCAUCAAUCUGAUUUGCGUCGCUCUCACUCUCAUCCAUCUUCGAAAACUGCACAAAGACCUGACCAAGGCGAACGUUGAAGCGGUAAAGGUAGCACUACUAACGAUUCUCGUGAAUACAACGGGUAACCAACAAACGAACGCGGUUCCUGAAAAUUCUGCCGCAUCUACGAACGGUGGCACGCCCAAGAGGAGCGGAGCGGCGGAGGAGCACCGGAAAAUGAGGAAUUACUUAAAGAGGAUGGAGAGGGAGGGCGUGCAGAGGGUGAAGAUGUUUCUGGUGGUCACCGCCGCGUACGUUAUCUUUUGGGGACCACUGUUCUUCGUCACUCUGGUGAAUCAUGCUAUCAUCGGGAAUCCAACUGGUUACGAGGUGACUCUACAUAUCGCGUACAUCCACGCAUUCGUGAACCCGGUGCUCUUCCUCAGCCUGCAUCGCGGCCUACGUCAAGGCCUGUCGGAGUUCUUCUGCGGCUGCUGCGAGGUGAUCGCCAGCUGGAUUCUGGGUCCAAGCAUCCCCGUGGAAAGCGUGCAGCCACCACGAUACCACGAACCCAUGGAGGCGGUGCCAUCGCCGCCGGAACCACCGCUGGUGCAACCCGAUGCGUGUCCGGACCUAACCGACGUGGCACUGCUCAAACCACCUUUGCCACCCACUGGCAAACAUUUACUGGACGACGUUAUGAUCGUACCGCCGGAUCCGUGGACUCUGGUUUCAAGGUCGAAAAGCACGUCAAGCGUUUACGAGGAAGACGUUAGUAGAAGAUCGAGCAUUUUGUUACCGUCGGCCCCGAAAAUAAGCGACUCGGAAGUGAACGUCAGCCCAACUAGCAGCGACCUACCUAGCGAAUAAACUUUCUUAACAUGUUUCCUUAAACCAGCAAGAUUCAAUUACAGAAUUCCCUUUCUUUCGCGAACUUGGUACAUUGCUUUGCUUAUUAUGCAUAUCAUUUGGAAAGUUCCAACGAGAAAAUUUCGAAACAAUUUCAUUACGAAUUACGUAAACGUUCGUCCAUAGCUUGUACGUUAUUUUAUUUUAUAAAGCAGAAAAUUCCUCUUAGAUGGAAAAAGAUAAAUUUCCUUGUAGUUGUUUUAAACUAUACACUAACGAGUUUUUCAACAAUUUCCGUGGAAAAUUCGAUCAAAUUAUAUUGGAAAUAGGAAUACGAUAUUUUUCAGGCUUGAGAGAAAAUACGUUAAAAAUUGUUUAACAAAUGCUUCUUCCAAGAGAGAACAAAGUGUAACACGUUAACAAUUCGAAGAUUCUAGAACGACAAGAAGAAGAAUGUUUUCAGAAUUUUAUGUAAAUUCUUGUUUCAAUUAUCCUUAAACCUAAUCGAGGAUAGAUUGUGUGUGGUGUUUAUAUUAUAUUAAAAAUUAAUUGAUAAUUAAUUUUUUAAAAUUAAAAUGUUUAGAAAAAGCUCUGUAAAUUUGUGUAAAAAAGUCUUCGGUUGAAGUUGAUCCGUCAGAUGCUACACUACGCACGCAGAAUUGCGCGAUCGAUUGUCGCGAAAUCAGUGUUUAAAUCUCUAAUUUAUAAAUUUCUCGCGUUACAAAAUUAAUAAUAACACAAGUAUCGAUCAAAAAUCAAUAAUUAAACGGAAGAAAAGAAAAAUUUGUACGUCGCUAGUUGCAUUGUCGUAAAAUCUCUUCGAUCGAACUAUUCAAUUCUUAUUGUCGUGACUAUACUUGGCGUAUCUUUAGUCGUACGAGUAAUAUAAUCAUUAAAAAAUCAAGAAACACUAUACAGUAGAUAUUAAAUGUCAGUUAGAUGAAAAAUAAAUAUUUGAUGUAUAAGAAGACGAUAGAAGAAAUUUUUACCAAUUUUCAGAAGAUACUUGUCAUUCGUUUCUAGUCGAUGGUAUUGCGAGAUAAUUUUGUAAAAUGAUCAUAUUCGUCAGCGACGAUGAAUUCGAUGAAAGAGCAAUUUAAUGUUUGUAAUGUACGAAAAGCUGCAAUAAACGUUCAAUUCGUCCUUCGAAAGAAAUAUCGAAAAAAUGGUAAAUAGUAUACGUUUAAUAUAAAAAAAGAUACUUAGAAUUUCUAUAAAUCCCUAUGAAUUCUGCGAAGCCGUUCCAAAAACGACCAAAGAUAUUUCCAAAACUCGAUUUGUCCAAUUUACUAAAGAGAUAUGCACGUACGCGCGAUAUCUUCGCAGCGCUGAAGAGUAGAACUCGAUGAUGUCGAUCGACUGACAGAAGAUUGCAAAUGGACGACAACCGAGAAACUGAGUUGUCCACUUGCAAAUUCCUCUUCGUAGACUAGGAAUCCUCUUCGAAACACGUAAACUUUCCAAAACUCGCGCAAAAAUGAAAAGAAGGAAAAGAAGAGAAAUCCGCGGGACGUUCACUUUCCGGUCGUAACAAGCAACAACAUUCGUGGUUCUCGUAACGAGAUACAGGCGCGAAGAAACAAGCGAAGAGAUGGAAAAACAAAGGAAAAUCGUUGCCAAAGAGGUUCUGUAAAGAACCGUCCAAACAAUAAUCUUCGAAGAUUGCCAAAACUCGCGAAGAAGAGAUAGGAGAAUGAUGGUUUCGCCAACGUUAAGCAUGUUUCCAUGUAAAAUUUCGCUUUCUAGACAACUCUGUUUAGAUAACGCUAUAUUCAAUGAAACUAAAAAAUCAAUGAAAAUAAAAUAAAACCAAGUAAUGUAAAGUAAAAUGAAAUGAAGCAGAGCGGAAAGCGACGCGAAGAAACAAGCUAGAGAUUAUUUAAGAAAAGUAGAAAAGCGCAGAAUGUCACCGACAAAACAUAAAUAGUUCCUUAAAUUGUGAAUCGAACAGAGCAUUAGCUGCACCAAUUAGCGAUCAAUUAAGCGAUUAAUUAGGGAUAUGUUAGAUAGUCUGCACCUUCGAAUGAGCUUUCCAUUAAACUGGGGACUCAAAGUGAUCGAGAUUUUGCCUCGAUUAUUACUAUUAUUAUUAUAUAUAUAUUAUUUACUAUUACGAUUAUCUUUAUUAUACACGUAUUAUACAGACAAUUAUAUACAGAAGCGGAGUCGCAUGUGCGCAUAUACAGGGUGUUCGAUAAUUAAACGCUCUCGGUGUCGAGCGUGAAAUUGUUCGAUAUACGAUGUAUAAUGGUGAAACUGUAACAUUACUUUUUUGUUGUAAUUAGACUCUUCGUUUAACGGAUAUUUGAUAUAUAUAUAUUAUAAGAUCUUAUACUACAAUUAGUUUAUUUAUAAUAAAUGGAUUAAACAGAUGUUGAUUAAAAGGGAAA